UUGUCACCUCAUAGUCUCCAUGGGUGUCUGGAACUAUCCUGCGUCUGUUUUGUUUGGCUCUUGUUUUGAAUGGUUGAAAACAUUGCCUGGAUGCAUAAGAUCCUUUAUACAGCAUCCUAAUUAGACUAAGGAAACUCCAAAUACAGUAGCCUUUCAUGGUUGAUGACUGUUUGUGGAUAUGGAUUUUCAACAAAUUACAUAGUUUCUAGAAUUUUUUUUGAUGCACCUAAGAGUAUUUGAAUAGCCGAGAGGACCACCUUAAGCAGGUCUCUGAUGUCAACGUGUAUGAGAGCGAGACUCUCCAGCUUUACAGCGCUACUCUGACCGGAGUAUGGUUUGCCGUUUGAAAUGUUCAUCCUCGCACCAGUCUCUCUGCACUUUUCGUCUUUCCCCCUGUUGAUGGGUAUUUCAGUCUGCAAUACAAGUCUAUUAGGCUGUUGCAUGGCACUUUGAGAGACGACCUGUGCCAAAUCUCUGACAAGAAAAAGGUCCACCCUCUGAGGAGAGAAGGAGAGCGCCAUCGGACCCCCGCGUGCCAGCGACUGGCCCUCCCCUGGGAAGAGACGCGUUGGCCUGAUUCCACGGAGACGCCGAAUCUGCAGCCACGUCAAUCACGUCUUCACCACUGGCUGCGGGACGGCCUGGGUGGCCGGGAUGCCACUGUGUGCCCUGCCAGUCCACGGUGGAUCCUGAAGGGCAGGAGGACGGAGUGGUGGGGACGGAGUGUAGCAGGCUGGGAGGGCACCACGCGUCUGGAGACAUGAACCUCUGCUGGAACGAGAUCAAACGCAAGUCCCUCAACAUCCGGGUGCGGCUUGAGGCGUUCUCAGACAACAGUGGGAAGCUGCAGCUCUCCCUGCAGGAGAUCAUAGAAUGGCUGACGGCCAAGGACGAGGAGCUGUCAGAGCAGCUGCCCAUAGGGGGUGACGUGGGGGCCGUCCAACACCAGAGGGAGUUCCACCAGGUAUUCAUGGAGGAUGUCAAGUCUCGGGGGCCGUUCAUCUACUCUGUGUUGGAGUCUGCUCAGGCCUUCUUGGCACAGCACCCCUUCCAGGAGCCUGAGGAGACGCUGCCCGACGGAAAAGAAGUGUCUCCGAGGAAGCGGAUCCUGAACGUGAGUCGCUCAGUGUGGAAGCAGGCCAACGUGGCCAGUGACCUGUGGGAGAAGCUGACUGCCCGCUGCGUGGACAAACACAGGCACAUGGAGCGGACCCUGGAGCGCCUGAUGCAGACCCAGGCAGCCAUGGAGGAGCUGGCGGUGGCUCUAGAACAGGCUGAGGGGGUCCGGGAUGCAUGGGAGCCUGUAGGGGACCUCUUCAUCGACUCACUGCAGGACCACAUCGAUGCCACCAAGUUGUUUAAGGAGGAGCUAACUCAGGUGAAGGAAGGCAUGAAGCACAUCAAUGACCUGGCUCAUGAGCUGGCCAUUUCUGACGUCCAUUUGUCCAUGGACAACGCCCACUCCCUGGAGCACCUCAACAGUCGCUGGAAACUACUGCUGGGCUCCAUUGAAGAGCGUCUGAAGCAGCUGCAGGAUGCCCAUAGAGACUUUGGUCCUGGAUCCCAGCACUUCCUCUCCAGUUCAGUGCAGAUACCCUGGGAACGCGCCAUCUCUCCAAACAAAGUGCCCUACUACAUCAACCAUCAGGGCCAGACGACAUGCUGGGAUCAUCCAAAAAUGACGGAGCUGUACCAGGCACUGGCGGAUCUAAACAACAUCAAGUUCUCAGCGUACCGGACGGCCAUGAAGCUGCGGCGGGUGCAGAAGGCUCUGAGAUUGGACCUGCUGACGCUGGUGAGUGUGGUGGACGUGUUCAGGGAGCAGGAUCUGCAGCACGGGGAACAUGUGAUGGAUGUGGUGGAGAUGAUUCAUGCCCUGACCGGCCUGUAUGAGAGACUGGAGGAGGAGAGGAGGGCCAUCGUGGUCAACAUCCCUCUCUGUGUCGACAUGUGCCUCAACUGGCUGCUCAAUGUCUACGACAGUGGUCGCAAUGGAAAGAUGCGUGUUCUCUCCUUCAAGACGGGACUGGUGAGCCUGUGCAAUGCGGAUGUUCAGGAGAAGUAUAAAUACUUGUUCAGGCAGGUGUCUGGUCCAGGGGGUCUGACAGACCAGCGUCACCUCACCAUGCUGCUUUAUGAAGCCAUCCAGAUCCCGCGACAGCUGGGAGAGGUGGCCGCCUUUGGAGGGAGCAACGUGGAGCCCAGUGUACGCAGCUGCUUCCGCAUGGCCCCAGGUAAGCUAGCCAUCGAGGUAUCGCACUUCCUGGAGUGGAUGAGUCUGGAGCCCCAGUCUGUAGUGUGGCUGGCUGUUCUGCAGCGUGUGGCUGUGGCCGAGUCCGCCAAGCACCAGGCCAAGUGUUACAUCUGUAAACAGUGCCCCAUCAAGGGAUUCAGGUACCGCAGUCUUAAACAAUUCAAUGUGGACAUCUGCCAGACGUGCUUCCUCACAGGACGCACCACCAAGGGAAAGAAGCUCCACUACCCCAUCAUGGAGUACUAUACCCCAACCACCUCAGGAGAAAAGAUGCGGGACUUUGCCAAAACGUUGAAGAACAAGUUCCGGUCGAAGCAGUACUUUAGCAAGCACCCUCAACGGGGCUACCUGCCUGUCCAGUCGGUGCUGGAGGCCGAGAACUCUGAGACGCCGUGCUCCUCUCCCAAGCUGCCCCAUGCAGACACACACAGCAGAAUCGAGCACUUCGCUAGCAGGUUGGCGGAGAUGGAGAACCAGAAUUGCUCCUUCUUCACGGAUAGUCUGUCGCCUGAUGAGAGUCUGGAUGAAGAUCAGUACCUCCUGCGUCACUCCAGCCCCGGCGCCCUGGACCAGGACUCCCCCAGCGGACAGCAGAUGCUGCUGAUCCACCUGGACUGUCAGGACAAGGACGAGCUGCAGAGAACGCUGGCCCGCCUGGAGAAUGAGAACCGGGUGCUGCAGGGGGAGUGGCGGCGACUGAAGUGGAGGCAUGAGGAGGCGGCGGCGGCGCCCCAGCUGACGGAGGGGGGCGAGGGGUGUCCGGGAUCGCCCACUGGGGGCCAGCAGGAUGAGGAGCUCCUGGCCGAGGCAAGGGUCCUUCGGCAGCACAAGACUCGCCUAGAGACACGAAUGCAGAUCCUGGAGGACCACAACAAACAGUUGGAGUCCCAGCUGCAGAGGCUACGAGAGUUACUGCUGCAGCCCAAAGAUGACUCGGAGGCCAACGGAUCGGAACCUUCAUCCCUGUCAUCUCCGGUGUCAGGGGGAGGCCGUCAGGGGGACGGACCCAGUAGAGAGACCACAGACACAGAGGCAGCGGGAGAUGGAGAUGAGGAUCAUGAACAGGACACAGUGCAGCAGCUGCAGGAGGUCAUAGAGCAGCUGAGAAACGUCUUCCCGUCAGAACCUGGAGCAACGUCACUCAUCUAACCCAGGGCGGGGCCUGGAGCGCAGAGUGAUGCCUGAUGGGAUGCUUGAUGGCCCGUGCCCCAUAUAGCUGCCGUCAGAGAGCUAACCCCUCUCUCUCAACCCUGUGGGAGCCAAAGGCUAACGGCUAAUGCCAACAUCCAGGCCCAGCCACGCACUAUGCUAACAAGCUAAGGCUAAUGGAUAAUGUUAGCGGUGCAGCCAGACACUGUGUUAACCAGCUAAGGAAGCUAACGGCUAAUGUUAGCAGCCCAGCCAGGCAGAAACUGUGUUAGCUAUGGCUAACGCUAGCAGCCCAGCCAAGACACUGUGCUAACCAGCGUCUGUGUAGUCGCCCGAAGGUGUGAAGCCUUAUAUCUGUACAGCACAAGGACAUUCCACGAAAAUGACUUUGACACAAUGCAAAAACGGUUGGGGAUUUUCCCCAUGUUUUGUUCUGUCGUGCCAGUAACUGUGUGCGUAUCUCGGUAUGUAUGUAUGUUUUCCUUUUCUCCCCCCAAUGCGUUUCAAACUUCUCUUUUUUUAUGGGGCGUUCAUGCGCAUCACUGUUGAUUUGGGCCAGGCUGGCUGCAUUUCAUGCGGCUGUGAUUGGGUGGCUGCGGCAGCCGUACCCAGAGCAGAACAGAGCAGAUUGCCGGGUAGCCAGCGGGACCCACAACAAGCUUAUUGACACUGUGGGACUGACACAUCAUCGGUAAAACCCAAUGAUUUAUUUAAGACAGCCAAUGUGCCCGUCUGGCCAGGCAGCGCUGCUUCUGUGCACUGUGAGUUUCACUGCUUCCAUCACACGCGGCACACAUACACACGUACACAUUGUUUCAGAUGAACGCUCAUUCUGUACUAACACACAUUCAUAUCAACGUUCGUAUCACACAGGAAUACAAAAAAACAGAUCCACACACAUCCACACACACGCUUCCACCCACAUCCACAAGCAGUGGAGCGAGAUAGGCUGUGAAUAUGCCUCGUAGUGUUCAGACAAAGGGUCUCGAGUCGAGGCCAAUUUCUAUCAUGGCUAAGUGUAUUUAUCUGAGAAAGCGUCUAGCGUUAAAUGCCGGGCCCUCCACUGUGGACUCUGGCUCCUCGCUCCCACUGUGCACAGAGGGGGAGGCAGGGUGCCCCAGCCCCCCCCUAACAUCUCCAAGGACACUAGGAAGGAUUGACCACAUUAACCCAGCGGCCCAAUUCCAAAUAAACUCUUAGCCUUUUACACAUGGCACGUCAUCUGAAAUGAUCAGAUAAGCAAUAUGCUAAUAACUUCACUUUUCCCUCUGCCGUGUGGAAGGUUCACCAUAUUUCUUAUAUAAACAUUUCAGGCGUACACAAAUGCCUAGGAUAGUAGGAGCUAGAGUCUGAUAUGGGGUUGGGCUACCAUCACACCAGGAUCAUGUGACAAUCCAGGCAGAGGACAGUCUAUUUGCCUUAAACCCAAACAGAGCCCAUCACGGACUAAUAAGUGUGUUUUCAUGCUGCUACCUGAAACAUUAUUGAGCGGAGUUCCCUGGCCCUGGCUCCCGCUUUCCCUCUCUUCUUUUCUCGUUUUAUGCUUGUGGCCAGAUGUUAAAGUACUGGCUCAGUGUGUUCACUCAGCGUUUUCACAAUCAGAGGACGAGAUUGGAUCAGUGGGGUGUUGUGGGUGGAUGUGGAUUUCAUACAAGGUGAGAUUCGGUUUAGGGGUCUGGGUUCUGUGGCAUUUUGAAUUGUAUUUGUGGAUUUAGAGAGGCUUUAUGAGUAUGGAAAGGGAAGACGGUGAGAAUUCACAGCACUAGAGCGACCUAGCACCUGAGAGACUAGUUAGAAAAGGCUGGGGUCAAAUAGGGUUUUGGAGGCGUGGAGGGAGGAUGGAUGGAAGGUGGAAGGGAGACUCGGAGGGGGUGGAGAUCUGAGAGACAAGAGGAAAGAGGAAGAAAUGGUUCAUUUAGCAGUCCUGGGCUGAGCUGAAAGGAGCGAUCUACUAUGAUGUGCUUGCCACAGCAAAUCUCCAGAAAGAGACAGACAGGAGGUGAGUCAUUUCCUGGAAAAGAGGAAAGAUGCUCUGGGUUUAUUAUGUAGCAUACCACUCCCAUAACCAUAAAGUUAUUACACCCACAUUCGCAGGGAACCAUGAUGCGAAUGGUUUCGAAUAAUUCAGAGAACGUUCUGACCUUAUUGCCAAGAACAAGAUUUGUUUGAAUCCCAUCUCGGUAUUCGUUAGACUUUAUCCCCUCCAGGCGCCAACGUUCACAUUUGACAUCGUUGAGCGCCGCUGUGCCUGUCUUGUUUGUUUUGAUGCCGUUGCUAGGGAACUGUCCCCAAGGACACGGCGCUGCAGGAUGUGAGUCGGCAAGGUGGGGCGCCGUCCAUAAUGGAAAUGCUAAUAACCAUAUGGGGAAGAGAGAGUGCCUCGUUUCCAUACCUCCCCCUGUCCUCCCCCACCUUAAUGAGGCCUGCCACUGUUUAGUGUUUAGCUGGCAUACAGUAGAUAGUCAUUAUCAUCUGUUCUACCUUUGCCAAGCGCUGACAUGCACCGGCAUCCUUUCUUAACAUGUCAGGAUCCAGGAACAAAGAAAUGUUCCAGUGAAAAAAAAAACAUCCAACACAAAGAAUGUUAACUCUUUGGAAACUCUUUAAUGUUAUACAUCUCAUUACACAUUGAUGAGCCACCCUGAACAUAGAGUACUUGAGGCUAUGAAUAUACGCAGCAGCAUCGCAUCUCUCUCUGUGUGUGUGAAACAAUGCAUCUAUUGAACUAUAGCUGGGGGAAGAGGCUAGGCCUGGAAACCAAAAGGUACUACCCAUAGGUCCUGUAGACCUAUAGAAAUGUUUUGUGUGUUUUGGACAAUAUUGAGGUAGGUAGAGGCUAGGUGGAAUGAAUGAUUACACCACUAUAGCAUGCAGUUUGUCAGACAGAACUACAGUUGAAGUCGGAAGUUUACAUACACUUAGGUUGGAGUCGUUAGAACUCGUUUUUCAACCACUCCACACAUUUCUUGUUAACAAACUAUAGUUUUGGAAAGUCGGUUAGGACAUCUAAUUUGUGCAUGACAAGUAAUUUUUCAAACAGUUGUUUACAGACAGAUUAUUUCACUUGUAAUUCACUGUAUCACAAUUCCAGUGGGUCAGAAGUUUACAUACACUAAGUUGACUGUGCCUUUAAACAGCUUGGAAAAUUCCAGAAAAUUAUGUCAUGGCCUUAGAAGCUUCUGAUAGGCUAAUUGACAUCAUUUGAGUCAAUUGGAGGUGUACCUGUGGAUGUACUUCAAGGCCUACCUUCAAACUCAGUGUCUCUAGGCUUGACAUCAUGGGAAAAUCAAAAGAAAUCAGUCAAGACCUCAGAAAAAAAUUGUAGACCUCCACAAGUCUGGUUCAUCCUUGGGAGCAAUUUCCAAACGCCUGAAGGUACGGCGUUCAUCUGUACAAACAAUAGUACGCAAGUAUAAACACCAUGGGACCACGCAGCCGUCAUACCGCUCAGGAAGGAGACGUGUUGUCUCCUAGAGAUGAACGUACUUUGGUGCAAAAAGUGCAACUCAAUCCCAAAACAACAGCAAAGGACCUUGUGAAGAUGCUAGAGGACACAGGUACAAAAGUAUCUUUAUCCACAGUCAAACGAGUCCUAUAUCGACAUAACCUGAAAGGCCGCUCAGCAAGGAAGAAGCCACUGCUCCAAAAAAAUCCAGACUACAGUUUGCAAUUGCACAUGGGGACAAAGAUCGUACUUUUUGGAGAAAUGUUCUCUGGUCUGAUGAAACAAAAAUAAAACUGUUUGGCCUUAAUGACCAUCGUUAUGUUUGGAGGAAAAAGGGGGAUGCUUGCAAGCCGAAGAACACCAUCUCAACUGUGAAGCACGGGGGUGGCAGCAUCAUGUUGUGGGGGUGCUUUGCUGCAGUAGGGAACUGAAAAAGCGUGUGCGAGCAAGGAGGCCUACAAACCUGACUCCAGCUCUGUCAGGAGGAAUGGGCCAAAAUUCACCCAACUUAUUGUGGGAAGCUUGUGGAAGGCUACCUGGAACGUUUGACCCAAGUUAAACAAUUUAAAGGCAAUGAUACCAAAUACUAAUUGAGUGUAUGUAAACUUCUGACCUACUGGGAAUGUGAUGAAAGAAAUAAAAGCUGAAAUAAAUCAUUCACUCUACUAUUAUUAUUUCACAAUCCUAAAAUAAAGUGGUGAUUCAAACUGACCUAGACAGGUAAUUUUUACUUGGAUUAAAUGUCAGGAAUUGUGAAAAACUGAGUUUAAAUGUAUUUGGCUAAGGUGUAUUUAAACUUCCGACUUCAACUGUAUAUACAGUGGCAAGACAAAGUAUGUGAAUCCUUUGGAAUGACCUGCAUUUUUGCAUAAAUUGGUCAUCAAAUUUGAUCUGAUCUUCAUCUAAGUCGCAACAAUAGACAAACGUUUUAUUUUAUUUAAGUAGACAAGUCAGUUAAGAACAAAUUCUUAUUUACAAUGACGGAACAGUGGAACAGUGGGUUAACUGCCUUGUUCAGGGGCAGAACGACAGCGUUUUACCUUGUCAGCUCGGGGAUUCAUUCUAGCAACCUUCGGUUACUGGCAAAACGCUCUAACCACUAGGCUACCUGCCGCCCCAGGUAGUCUAGUUCUUCUUAACCUAAAUGAGGUUAAGAAGAAUCCUAGAGUGUCAGCUAAAGACUUACAGAAAUCUCUGGAACAUGCUAACAUCUCUGUUGACGAGUCUACAAUACGUAAAACACUAAACAAGAAUGGUGUUCAUGGGAGGACACCACAGAAGAAGCCACUGCUGUUGAAAAAAACCAUUGCUGCACGUCUGAAGUUUGCAAACGUGCACCUGGAUGUUCCAUUUUCUGUGGACAGAUGAAGCUACAGUUGAGCUGUUUGGAAGGAACGCACAACACUAUGUGUGGAGAAAAAAAGGCACAGCACACCAACAUCAAAACCUCAUCCCCACUGUAAAGUAUGGUGGAGGGAGCGUCAUGGUGUGGGGCUGCUUUGCUGCCUCAGGACCUUGACAGCUUGCUAUCAUCGACAGAAAAAUGAAUUCCAAAGUUUAUCAAGACAAUUUGCAGGAGAAUGUUAGGCUAUCUGUCCGCCGAUUUAAGCUCAACAGAAGUUGGGUGAUGCAACAGGACAACGACCCAAAACACAGAAGUAAACCAACAACAGAAAAGCUUCAACAGAAGAAAAUACACCUUCUGGAGUGGCCCAGUCAGAGUUUUGACCUCAACCCAAUUGAGAUGCUGUGGCAGGACCUCAAGAGAGCAGUUCACACCAGACAUCCCAAGAAUAUUGCUGAACUUUUGCAGUUUUGUAAAGAGGAAUGGUCCAAAAUUCUUCCUGACCGUUGUGCAGGUCUAAUGCGCAACUACAGAAAACGUUUGGUUGAGGUUAUUGCUGCCAAAGGAGGUUGACCAACCAGUUAUUAAAGCCAAGGAUUCACAUACUUUUCCCACCCUGCACUGUGAAUGUUUACACGGUGUGUUCAGUAAAGACAUAAUUGUUUGUGUGUUAGUUUAAGCAGACUGUGUUUGUCUAUUGUUGUGACCUAGAUGACGAUCAGAUCAAAUUUUAUGACCAAUUUAUGCAGAAAUCCAGGUAUUUCCAAAAGGUUCACAUACUUUUUCUUGCCACUGUAUAUUCCUAUGGUCUGUUUGUAAUGCAGCAGAGCUGUAGCUCUUCUGUGCCCCUCUUACUCAAACUCCCAGAAGCCAAUACUGUCUAUGUAGUGGCCCUCUGAAGACUAACCCAUCAAAAGGCUUUUUUGUUAACAAUGAAUUAUACUGCCCACACCACGUCUCUCUGUAGUCAUGUGAUUAUCCAUCUGAGGCAACUAAUGUUCUAAAAUAAAAUACAACCAGUAACUCCCCGUAGCGCGAACCGUAGCGCGACCCGUAGCGCGAACCAGUCCCACCAUCAUCAGUGGGAUUGAAGAGAAGCGCUCUUCUUUGGAGACAGAGCGAGGCAGAGAGUUUAGAGAACAUAGCCAACGGGUGGUGCCCCUGCUAUAUAUGGUGCGGUCAACCCGUUAACGAGCACGCUCAUUUUCCCCAACAUGUAAGCUUCCGAGACCUUCCAUGUUUGAGUUCCGUGCACUCUGGCAUCAUUUACGAGACACAGCGAGGGAUGUUUGGCGCUCUGUAACACGGCAGGGCCAUGAAUCUCCUGAACUCUUACGGGAAUCAGAGCUAUGACAACAUACACUACCCUAUGCUAAGACACAGCCAAAUACCAAAACAAAAAAAACACACUCAUCGUCUCUAUUUUAAUGUCGAUCUGAAGUCAUUUUUUUUUAAAUUAACAUUACCACGCCUCAUUACGUGAUGAUUUCUUUGACUAAUGUGUCAAUGCCAUUUAUUUCAUUGUUUAUGUACUGUACUAACAUUCCUCCCUAUUGCUGUCCUCCCGGUCGGUUUUUAAUCUGUAUAAAACGUUUGUGAAAGAAAUGCCUUUUUAAUAACGAGUGGGUUACUGGCUGCUUUCUACUCUUUGUGUACAAAAGGAUAAAUAAAAUGUGUAUUUGUUACACAGAACGUC